AUGUGUCUGUAUAUUUUUCUUACACCUGAUUCACUUCGGACCAUUUGCACCGAGACUUUCAGAGGAGAACGUCUGAUGAUGUCCGAUUCCAGGGGGUCGUCUGUGAUCCAGGAGUGGGUGAGCUCGUACCAGGGGCCGUCGGCGCCGCCUCAGAUGGACGUCCUGUACUCGCCGGGGCUCAGGGCGGACGACCGAGGCCUCGGCGACCAGAUGAUGGGACUGUCCUACCUGCCCUACAGCUCCACCUGCAUCAGCACCACCUCCAGCUCCAUCACAGGGGCCGGGGAGCACCUCCACAGCCCUCAACAGGACUUCUCUCCGUUCCUUCACCCGUCGCUGCGCCCCCCGGUGACCAAGAGGAGCAUCAGCAAGGACAGCGCCGAGUACCGUCUGCGGCGCGAGAGGAACAACAUCGCCGUCCGGAAAAGUCGGGACAAGGCUCGGCGCAGGAUCAUGCUCACCCAGCAGAGGGCGCUCCAGCUGCAGGACGAGAACCAGAGACUCCAGCUGCGGAUAGGUCAGCUGACACAGGAGCUGGACAUGCUAAAACACGUCCUGUCCCAGAGACACAUGUCGGGGGUGGACGAGGGGGCCGGGGACGCCUCCAUGUGAACCUGGCGCCCCCUCGUGGACUGGAGGAAAACAGAGCGAGAGAUUUCAACACAUCAGGACGGAGAUGGAGAGAGAGAGACGAGAUGGUAUCAGACGCUCGGGGGCUGCCAGAGUUUUCCUGUGGCUGCGACGGCAUCGGACGGGACGUAGAGA